CACAGAUAGAGGUAUUUGACCUGAUGAAAGUACAGAAACGUAAACGCAUGGGAGAAUCGAUGCCAUUUCUUACACUGACUCCAUAAAAACAAGUAUGAAACGGAAUAAUAAAACAGAGAGGACUGAUAACUGAAGAAGUCAUAACGUUGCUCAAACCCACAAAGUACCUGAUGAAUUCCACCAUCAGCAGCUCCCAUGACGUCCUGGAACUGGCCUACGAAGACCUGGAUGCGCCAGAGCCUGCUGUCACAGAUGGAAGCCAGGCAGAGGUUGAAGCCAAGCCUGUACCUACUCCCAGGUCUGAACGAGCCCAGUCCCAGUGUUACGAUAACAUUGUUUAUUCUGCAGACACAACUAGCAACACAACCAAUGCUGUGAAUUCCCAACUUGGUGAACAUCCUGCAGACUGUAAGACACCUCGCCCUGUUCGCCCUCCUCCUAGACCACCACUGAGCAAAUGUAUGACCGCCAUUAAACUCAAAAAAGCAGUCAAAGAAGACUAUCACUGUAUAAGUUCAAACUCUGAGCCAACUCCUCCAGCUGUUACUCCAGAGAAAAUACAAUCUCCUUCUCCGCCACCUCGCCCUAAAUACCGCCCUAAAAUGGGACUAAAAUCGGAGAGCUACACUGAUGAGAGUCAGCAGCCCGGAUAUUACUACAUCAGCUCUAUGGGAGAAUCUCCUGCCUCGGCUGCUUCUGAAGAAGAGGUGAACCCCUGCAGGACAACGGCCACAAACAGCACUGACAGACCUGCAGUCCCGCCUCGAUUCAGAAAGUCCUCCUUCCCCGUCUCUACCUUGUUGUAUGAAACCUCGCUUUUACAGGCCACUGACAGACCUGCAGUCCCGCCUCGACUAGGGCCGUCCCCCCUAACCUGCUCUGCCUCGUUGUGUGAAACCUCGCCUUUACAGCCUCCACCGCCUUCAUUCACCCCGCCACCCCCACCUUCAAAAGGAAAAACAUUGGAGUCAGUGUGCAGUGAGAUACAGGAUCCUCUGUACCUGGAAAUACUGCCAGAGGAUGUAGACAAGAGGACAAAUGAGAGGCCAACAGUACGCUACCAGAGUGACUGCUGCUCCCCUCAUCAACAGACCCCCGAGGAUAAAGAGGACAUCACUGGGUUGUUGAGAUGGUUGAUACGAGUGUCAAAAUCUGAUUCCAUGGCUCCGUCAUUGUAUGGCCUCAGUAUAGAGGAGGAAAUAAGAUCAUUUAAUCAGAGGGCGAUAAAUGUGAGAAAGGCUCUGCGUCUCUACAACCUUCUCAUGAUUAAGCGCAAUGACAGCCUGCGGACCAUCAUCGGUGAGUUCCGCUCCAUCUCCAACAGCCUGGACAAGAUAAAGAAGACAGCCAAAACCAUGGACAUUGCUGGAGGCACCACAGGUGCUGUUGGAGGGGUGACCGCAGUCUUGGGAAUCGUCUUCGCUCCUGUCACACUGGGUGCCUCACUUAUUGCUACAGCUGUUGGUGCUGGUAUGGUGGUGUCCGCUGGGGGUAUGGGCGCCCACUCAGUUAAAGUAAACAAGAAGAUUGUGACUAAGAUGACCGUUGAGAAACUAGUAUAUGAAUACAAGGGAAAUGUUGUAGACCUGGAACAUUGUCUGGAGUUUAUCCUCUCUGGGAUGAAUGAGCUGCGAAGGCACGACAUUGCCAGGUUACAGAGGGCAGGAGCCCAGCCUGAUGCACUGAAGACAGUACAUCUGUCACAGUCAGUGUUAAACAUGACCAAUGGUAGGAAGGCAUCCCCUGCACACACAGGUGGGAUGUCCUCCGAAAGGCUGCUUCAGGACUUUGUCAAGGAAAUGGAUCAGUAUUUUACAGAAAAGGAUGAUCAGAAGCUGAAGAAGUCGAACAGGAGCAGGUUUUCUGGUAGAGUUCACCUACUGGCAAAAAAUCUAGAAGAUGAUCUAGAUCAUCUGAAUCGUAUGUGGGAAAUGUUUAGUUGAAUCAAAGGUGUGUGCAUGCGCGCGUGUGUGUGUGUGUGUGUGUGUGUGUGUGUGUGUGUGUGUGUGUGUGUGUGUGUGUGUGUGUGUGUGUGUGUGUGUGUGUGUGUGUGUGUGUGUGUGUGUGUGUGUGUGUGUGUGUGUGUGUGUGUGUGUGUGCGCGCGUGUGUUUGUGUGCGCGUGUGUAGUUAAAGAUUAGUUAUUCUACCAUUCAUGAUUAUGCUAAAUAAACCCGCAGAAUUAAUGACAAUCACCCACAUUGUUAAAAUAACACUAGUAGGCUAGUAGGCCUACCUGUAGGGCUUACGAGUUUUUAAUUUGACAGUAGAAGAUAUGUGCGGAAGGUGGAACAAAAACACUGGCGGAGUGAUAAUGUGGGCUGGGCGGAAGGAUACCACCAGCCUGCCCUUAAACUAUAUAGAUCAGCACCGCGCCACCACAUGCGCCAUUUUCUUUUCCUUGGAAGAAACAGACGAAGAGACAUCAUUGUUGAACAUCGCUCUAUUGGCCGAAAUGGCAGUGUGAGAGUGCCGCGACCCAGCAGCCAACAAAACAGUGCAUCCAGCCAGUGCACUGAGUUACUUCUAAUUCAGCAACAUGUCGUCCUACGUGGAAACCCUCAGCACUGCUGCAUUCGACAGCA